AUGAAGAUCCUUUUACCCUUCUUAUAUUUAUUUUUUUACAUUGUUUCUUCACAAAACACAACCACUACAGAACCUCCAACCGUCGUCACCUACGUCAAACUUUCGAGACACGAUUCCAUUUCAUGUCAAGGUUUAUCUCAAUUCGAAGUUUAUUACCCAAGUAGCAGUUGCCAAGGAAACACAGCUUACAGGUGCUAUGAUGGGUCACCCGUUUUAUCUGUUUAUGAUAACCUGGGAUGUGAAGGAGAUCCUACUCGAAUGGUGCAACAGGAAAGUUGUGCUAACCAAAUACAAACAUCAUGUGUAGCCUCGCUCCCACCAAAAGAAGGCAUCCAAACUCAUUAUUAUGACACAUUACAAGAGUGCAUUGAUGGUAUCAAACAAACAAAGAUCGAGUACCAAUCUAACCAUCUUUGCGCAGCCUACAACUCGAAAUCGUGUGCCAAUUCAGAGAUCCUCUUAUCCUAUUAUCAGAACUAUGAAUGUUCAGAAAUUAUCAUGACCAUACCAAGAGCUGCUCGUCAGUGCGAAUAUUUUUCUGGACAAUUCGUCAAAGAGAUUUGCAACUAA